CGUUGUCACAACCACACACACACACACACCACCACCAAAUACUCUUUCUUCUUCCAACCAUGGAAGCUGCUCUUGCAACAUGCACUCUUCCAUCUCCGCGAAUCCUCAAACCAAAACCUCGAUUCAGAUGCUCUCUCCCCAAUCCCAAACCCAUCUCUCCAAACUCCAUCGCCUUCAAAUCCCCCCCACCGCCGUCAAAAUCCAACCUUUUCACAACCGCGGUGUCGUCAUCACCCACCGUCGCCCCGACGAACUCCCCGCCGGAACCCGAACCCGGAUCGGACUCGUCGUCGAAGAAGUUCGACUGGUACGCCAACUGGUACCCGGUGAUGCCCAUCUGCGACCUCGACAAGAAGGCUCCGCACGGGAAGAGAGUCAUGGGGAUUGAUGUUGUGGUCUGGUGGGACAGGAACGAGAGCCAGUGGAAAGUGAUGGACGACACGUGUCCUCAUCGCCUUGCUCCCUUGUCUGACGGGAGGAUUGAUCAGUGGGGGAGGUUGCAGUGUGUGUAUCAUGGUUGGUGCUUCAACGGUAAGGGUGAUUGUAAGCUCAUUCCUCAAGCUCCUCCUGAUGGUCCUCCGGUGCACACGUUCAAGCAAGCAUGUGUAGCUGUUUACCCAAGUACAGUGCAGCAUGAGAUCCUUUGGUUUUGGCCCAACAGUGAUCCCAAAUACAAGAAUGUUCUUGAGACCAACAAGCCUCCUUACAUUCCAGAGUUGGAAGACCCAUCGUUCACUAAGCUCGUGGCAAAUCGAGAUAUUCCCUACGGGUACGAUGUGUUGGUGGAGAACCUCAUGGACCCGGCUCAUGUUCCCUAUGCACAUUAUGGACUAAUGCGGGUUGGUAAACCAAAAGAGAAAGUUGACAGAGAAGGGGGAAAACCACUCGAGAUCACCGUGAAAAGACUAGACAACGAAGGCUUCUUUGCAAGGCAAGAAUGGGGUUAUGCUAAUUUUAUCGCACCAUGUGUGUACCGAGCUUCCACGGAGCCAUUAAGAGAGGAGGACAAGGAUUCUAUCACAUCUGAAAAGGGGCCAUUGAAAAAUCGCAAAUUGUCAUUGAUCUUUAUAUGCAUCCCAGUCAGCCCCGGUCGCAGUAGGUUGAUUUGGACGUUCCCGAGAAACUUCGGGGUAGCUAUUGAUAAGAUUGUUCCUAGAUGGGUGUUCCACAUAGGGCAAAACAAGAUUCUAGACUCAGACUUGCACCUCCUUCAUGUCGAGGAGAGGAAGAUACUGGAGAGAGGCCCUGAAAACUGGCAAAAAGCUUGCUUCAUCCCAACAAAAUCAGACGCACUUGUGGUUACAUUCAGGAGAUGGUUCAACAAGUACAGUGGAGCUCAAGUCGACUGGAGAGGAAAGUUUGAUCCAUCUCUUCUUCCUCCAACGCCUCCUCGAGAACAGCUCUUCGACAGGUAUUGGUCGCAUGUGGAGAACUGCAGCAGCUGCAAGAAAGCUCACAAAUACCUCAACGCGUUUGAGGUGAUCUUGCAAAUCGUAUCGGUUGCUUUGAUCGGAGUUAUGGCCGUGACGAAGCAGAUUGCCAUGUCUAAUGUGGCUAGAAGCGUGGUGGUUGUGGCGGCUGUGUUGAGUUUUGCGGCUUCGAAGUGGCUAUCGCACUUCAUCUACAAGACGUUUCAUUACCAUGACUACAACCAUGCCCUUGUUUGAAAAUUGAAAUGAUAUUGGUGUGUGUACAUAAACAUUUAUACAUACAUUUGAGGAACCUACAAAACAUCAUAGUCCGUGUUUAAGGGGCAUGUUAUGCUCUAAACCAAAUAAGUGAACUGGGCUCAUUUGCAAAUGUUCGGCCUUCA